CCCAGGUGCGCCGAGAGAGGACGGCCGCGCAGGUGCCUGCUCCCUGCGCCUGCGCCAGGUGCUCCCCGCCCCCUCCCAGGCCACCUUCGACGUCUCCUUCUAGGCGGCCGCCAUUGGCUCCAGCCUCCACCGAGCCAUUUGCUGUGUGGUGGGGUUCUGAACGGUGGGCAGUCGCUGUGUGUCACCGGGGGCCAAAGGGCGAGUGAGGAGCGUUCUCCCGGGUGUGGGCGUAGGAGGCAGAGAAAGGCGCUUUCUUCCGGAGACUUCGGCGCCAGUGCCUGCGCCAGCGCCAGCGCGACCCCUCUACGAGCGUCCGCACCUGCCCGCGAGGCGCUCCAGUGCGCGUGCGCGGCAAGGGGCUUCUCGCACCUGAUCGCGAGACCCCAACGGCCAGCGGCUGGAGGCUUCGCCUGCGCGCGGCCGGUGGAGCUAGUCAUGGCGCAGCUGUGUGGGCCGAGGCGGUGCCCGGCGCUCCUCGCCCUGCUGGCAUCGUUGCUCCUCUUCGGGGCCGAAGCGGCCGACGGAGAACGUGACGUCCACGACUUUUGCCAAGUUCCGAAGGUAGUGGGAAAAUGCCGGGCCUCCAUGCAUAGGUGGUGGUACAAUGCCACUGGUGGAUCCUGCCAGCAGUUUGUAUAUGGAGGCUGUGGUGGGAACAACAAUAAUUACCUGACCAAGGAGGAUUGUCUUGAGAAAUGUGCUGAUGUCACAGAGAACACUAGUGAUGGUCUGGCCACCAGCAGGAAUGGAGCAGAUUCCUCAAUCCCAAGUGUUCCCAGAAGACAGAAUUUUGAUGAUCCCUCUGGUGAUAUUUUCAACUACGAAGAAUACUGCACUGCCAAGGCGGUCACUGGGCCUUGCCGCGCAUCCUUUCCACGCUGGUAUUUUGAUACCGAGAAGAACUCCUGUGAUAACUUUAUCUAUGGAGGGUGCUGGGGCAAUAAAAACAACUAUCUCUCCAAGGAGGCAUGCAUGAGCCGCUGCGUAGGCAAGCAGCUGUAUCCUGUCCUGCCCCGUAGCACUAAAGUGGUGGUCCUGGCGGGGCUGUUCGUGAUGGUCCUCAUCCUCCUGCUGGGAGCCUCCGUGGUCUGCCUGAUCAGAGUGGCACGGAGGAACCAGGAGCGCACCCUCCACACUGUCUGGAGCUCCGGGGACGAUAAGGAGCAUCUGGUGAAGAACACAUAUGUGCUGUGAACGCCCUGUCACCAAGAGGCCACGACUCUUCAGGAUUCAGGACCCCCUGCCGAUGAAGAGAACCUGGGGGUGGGGGCACAAAUGUAGAAAGUGUGUGUGCUUUUUAAAAUAGAGUGAUUGAUUUGUAUUUUUGUGAUCAUUCGGGCUUUUGGUCUGUUUGUUACUUCAGAAGUUAAGAGGGCUUCCUGGUCCUCUGGGCAGGUUUGCUUUGUUCACAUUUGGGUGGCUUGGCCCCAGACCAGAGUCAGUUCCUCUUUGAUUUCUUUACUCCAUGUAUAGUUUUCUUUGUCUAUGUUGAAGCCUUUUGCCUCCUUCCCCAUCAUAGAAAUUUCCUUUGUUUGGUUUGUGGGUUUUUCUUUUUUUAAGUAAACAAAUAAAAAGGUUUUUUUUUAUUAGAAUUCUGAAAGGAAGAGAGUAAAAUGUACCAGUUCAAUAAAAAGGGUCUUCCCUUUUAAAAUAAA